UCGCUCCCAGCGGCGCCUCCAGUUCCUCCGCAUUCCCGAGUCCCGGUUCCUCCGGUUCCGCUCCUUUCCUGUAAACUGCGCUCGGACCUGCGGACCGGAGCCUGCAGUCCUGCUGGAGCGGGUCAGAGCGCCGGCCCGGCCGCUCCGACUGUCAGGAGAAACUUCUGAACUCUUCUCUCUUCUCACGGUGGCGCCAGAGCAGAGUCUUCAUCCCUCAGGUGAGCUCACCUUUACCUGAAGAGAACAGGAAGUCAUUCUUCCUUAGAUCAGCAGGAAGAGAAGGAGAGAGAGAGAGAUGGCAGCGUGUAGGAGCUCAGCGCUCAGCCCUGGGAGGAGACGGGCUGAUUCCCAUGAGGCACCACAGCGUCUCUCAGAGAUCAGGAUCGUGCUGCUGGGGGGACGAUGGUCUGGGAAGAGCUCAGCAGGAAACACCAUCCUGGGCAGAGAGGAGUUUGUCACUAAGAGAGUAAAUGAGGAGUGUGUGAAAAAACAGGGUGAAGUAGCUGGGAGGCAGAUCACUGUGGUCGACACUCCAGGCUGGGGUUCCUCUUUUAAAAUAAGGGCACAUCCACAGCGUGUCAGAGAGGAGGUUGUGCGCAGUGUCUCUCUGUGUCCCCCAGGACCCCACGCUCUCCUCCUGGUGAUUAAUGUGAACUCAUACACAGACUGGAGAUCAGUGGACGAACAUCUGGAGCUUCUCAGUGAGAGAGUGUGGAGACACACAAUAGUGCUGUUCACCUGGGGGGACAGACUGAGAGACACAACCAUUGAGCAGCACAUUGAGAGAAGAGGGAAGGAGCUCCAGUGUCUGGUGGAGAAGUGUGGGAACAGGUAUCAUGUUCUCAACAACAGGUACAGGGGCGACCGCACUCAGGUCACAGAGCUGCUGGAGAAGAUAGAGGACAUGGUGGCAGGAAACUAUGGGCUUUACUUCACCACUGACAUCAAAGAAAUAAAUACUGAACAAGAAAAAUAUAUGAAACAAAAGGAGGAGAGACAGAGAGAGACAGCGGACUCAUCACCGUUCAUGAUCAAGCUGAUGAUCGUUGUAUCGUCCGUUAACGUGAUGAGGGAGUUUGUCUUGUUCCUGGAGACGCAGUCGUGGGUGAACAGGGAGCAGAGGAGAGGGCUGAGUUUGCAGCGCUGGGGAACACUAAUGUUCAGAGUCAGGGUGGAUGAGUGA